AAAAAGAACAACCCAGACUGUUCUCCUAUUUUAUGGACCCAACAAAACAAAAUUAAAAACUAAAAAAUUUACAAGAAACCUAAGAAUUACACAAAAUAAUUAAAUAUGUUUCGUAACGGAAUUGCGUUGAGCACUCGGUUUGUUACACGAAAUUUAAACAAGUCCAGCAGUUGUGCUUGCCCUCGCUUGCUGGCAACACAACAAACAAAUCCAUCAUCCAGGCUGCUGGAGUUAAGCAAAAAAGAAAAGAAAAACGAAAGCAACAAUAAUAAUGACACUGAUGAUGGAAUUGGUGGUAGUGGUAGUGGUGGUACCAUAACAAAAACACAUCGGCAAAUGGAAUUGGACAAGAUCGAUGAGGAGGUGGCCAAGCUGUUGGCCCUUAAGGCCAAACUGGGAGAUGAGCCGGUUCAAAAUCAAAAAUUCACCCUAAAGACGCCCAAAGGCACCAGAGACUAUGGUCCCCAGCAAAUGAUGCAGCGCCAAAAUGUGUUGGACAAAAUUGUGGGCGUGUUCAAAAAGCAUGGUGGGGAAGCCAUUGAUACGCCGGUCUUUGAACUGAAGGAUGUACUGACCGGUAAAUAUGGCGAAGAUUCCAAAUUAAUCUAUGAUCUCAAGGAUCAGGGUGGUGAAAUUCUUGCACUGCGUUACGACUUGACAGUUCCUUUGGCCAGAUAUUUGGCCAUGAAUAAAAUCUCCAGCCUAAAGCGUUAUCACAUUGCCAAAGUAUAUCGCCGUGAUAAUCCGGCCAUGACACGCGGUCGUUAUCGUGAAUUUUAUCAAUGCGAUUUCGAUAUUGCCGGUAGCUUUGAUCCCAUGCUGCCCGAUGCUGAAUGCGUCAAGAUUGUCUCGGAAAUACUGGAUGUCUUGGACAUUGGAGAUUAUGUGAUCAAACUAAAUCAUCGCCAGUUGUUGGAUGGCAUGUUUGAAGCAUGUGGGGUGCCUGCUGAUAAGUUCCGUACCAUAUGCUCUGCCGUGGACAAAUUGGACAAAUCUCCAUGGUCUGAGGUGCGCCGUGAAAUGAUCGAUGAAAAGGGUUUGGAUGCUGCAGCUGCCGAUCAAAUCGGUGAAUACGUACAAUUAAGCGGUGGCUCGGAAUUGGUGGAGAAAUUGUUGGCAGAUCCCAAACUGAAGGCUGUUCCAGCUGCGAUGAAAGGCCUGGAAGGCAUGCAAUUGCUUAUGAAAUAUUGUACCAGCAUGGGUUUGGCCAAUAAAAUUAGUUUUGAUUUGAGUUUGGCUCGUGGUUUGGAUUACUAUACGGGAGUCAUCUAUGAAUGUGUACUUAAGUCGGAACCCAAAAUUCUUGCCAAUGGCAGUGGUGCAGCUGCAGAGGAACAAGGCACAGUGGGUUCUGUGGCCGGCGGUGGCCGUUAUGACAAUUUAGUCGGCAUGUUUGAUCCCAAAGGCAAACAAGUUCCAUGUGUGGGCGUUUCCAUUGGCGUGGAACGCAUAUUCUCCGUCAUUGAGGCCAAGGCUGCAGCAUCUGGUGUCAAGCAACGUACCAACGAGGUUGAGGUUUAUGUGGCCUCAGCCCACAAGGGAUUGCACGAGAAACGCCUUAGUAUUCUCAAUGAUUUGUGGAAUCAGGGUAUUAAGGCCGAACAUUCCUACAAACUAAAUCCCAAGCUAUUGGCCCAACUGCAGCAUUGUGAAGAACAACAGAUUCCUUUGGCUGUUGUUUUUGGAGAUUCUGAACUGGAAAAAGGCAUUGUCAAGUUGCGUGAAGUCACCACUCGCAAAGAGGAUGAAAUCCCUGUAGCCGAGUUGGCCAACGAAAUUAAAAAGAGAUUACGUAGCUAAGCUUAAAAAGACAGCACACAGACAGAGGCAAAGCAUUUCACCAAACGGACUUUUCUUUUUUUAUAGUUUAUCAUAACUUAAUAUUAUUUAUUUUAUGUGUCGCAAGGCUUUAAAUGAUAUUCGCUGAAGGAAAAGAAGUAAAACAAGAAUACAGAUUCACAAAAAA